AACACGAUGAUUUGAAUCAAAUACUGGAGUCAUUUAGGGAUGUGCUACCAGAUAUUUUAUCCGAGAUUGAAGGUAAAAAGACGGUCAAGAAGAUACUCAAACAGCUAAAGGAUUGGUGUUCAAGAGAGUUACCUUUUGACGAAGAUGGUGAUGGAUACGUGACCGAUUCGUCGGUACCACCAGAGGAUGGAAACACAUCGGGAGAUAUUGAUGAUCAGGAUCAAGAUCAAGAUAAUUAUUCAUUAGAGGUCAACAUAAUAGGAAGUAGUAAUUCUUCGACAAAGUCAGAGAAUGCUGUGGUUGAUGGUAAAAGAAAAAGCAAGAUUUUGGAUCGGGAUUUGAUUACACAAUCACCAGAUCAAUUAGAUUUUACGGCAAAUCACACGGAUUAUUCGGAUUCAAAUCCUGAUAGUUCUGAUGCUGAAGUCGCAGCUGAUAAUGAUGGUGGUGUUGAUCAUGAAGGAGUCGAUGGAAGUGUACAUGCGGAUGGAUGGUGGUUGUUGGGUAGUAAUUUGGUGUAUUCGAUGAUGAACUGGUUGGAAGGCCCACCCGUAGGAGAAAUUAGGACUGUUCCAGAGAAGCAAACUGCCACAAAUUCCAAUAAUCUAUCAAAUAACAAGAAUAUGACCAUAUUUGACAUACCAAUGCAAUUCAUCGCUUCGUUGACUUAUCCAGAAAUUGAUCCCAAAGCUUCAAAAAAAGCUUCCUUUACGGUGUUGCGAGAAAUUUCAUUUGUCAAGCAACGUCGUAAAGUACUGUUGAUGUUCAGCCUUUACUUAUUUAUAAUGCGAAUGUGUUCAUUCGAUCUAUUCCUGGUGUUAUUGUUCGCUA